UCGUCCUUACUUGUCAUGAAAUCCGUGUCGUAGUCUCCCCUUCGUCGACCUUCUCUCACACAGUCACAGCGCCACUUUUCUAGAGCGAGAGAUUGAGAGAAUCCACUUCACCGAAAUCAUUUCAAACACUGUUCAUGUCUUCGUCUUCAGAGUGACACAAAGCUUCGUCUGUCAAAGGGUUUUAGAGGCAUUAUAGUUUUUGGGAAGAGAAGGAAAUGGGAGAUACUGAAGAGGGUAACAUUGAUAUGAUGCAGAAGAUUCAGAACUCAUUUGGUGCAGGAUCAUCUUCCAUUGCUAAGCAAACCUUGUCAAUGAAUCAUCAACUCGAUAUACCCCACUUCAACCCUAAUCAAAUCCGCCCUAGACAUUUCCCGCAAUAUUCCCAAGCUCUGAACAGUGGGGAAAGUAGUAAAAGAGUCGGGAUACCACCUUCGCAUCCCAGCCAGAUCCCGCCCAUUUCGCCGUAUUCUCAGAUCCCGGUGUCCCGCCCUGCAAACCCUCAAGUGGGUUCACAGAAUUUGAGCCCGGGACCCUCUCACUCGCGAUCUUUAUCACAGCCCUCAUCGUUUUUCUCGCUUGACUCCUUACCUCCUCUGAGUCCAUCUCCCUUCCGUGACCCCCAUUCAGCCACUAUACCAGACCAUGUUUCUACUGAUGUGUCCAUGGAGGACAGGGAUGCUGGAGGUUCACAUUCUUUGUUGCCUCCGUCACCUUUCGCACGGAGUAAUUCACCUAGGGUUGGUGAGGCUUUACCUCCCCGGAAGGCCCAUAGGAGGUCUAAUAGUGAUAUUCCCUUUGGGUUUAGGUCAGUGAUGCAUUCAUCACCACCCCUUAUUCCUUUAAGAGGUUCAGUUGGCUUGGAGAGGUCCAUGCCAGGGAGGGAAAAUUCUGGAGUGGCCAAGCCAGCUCAGUUGGUUAAAAGAGAAUCGAGCUGGGAACGAGGCAGCGACAGCACUGCAGAAGGGAUGGGUGAGAGAAAAUCUGAAGGAGAAGUUGUUGAUGAUUUAUUUUCUGCUUAUAUGAAUUUGGAUAACAUUGAUGUUUUGAAUUCUUCUGGGACUGAUGAUAAGGGAAAUGAGAAUCGUGAAGAUUUGGAUAGUAGAGCUAGUGGGACCAAAACCAAUGGAGGUGACAGCAGCGAUAAUGAAGCUGAAAGUAGUGUAAAUGAAAAUGGCAACAGCUUGCAGGGGCAGGGAGCGGGAAUGAGUUUGUCAACUGAGAAACGUGAAGGGGUUAAGAGGAGUGCUGGGGGUGAUAUUGCUCCGACUACUAGACACUACAGGAGUAUGUCCAUGGACAGUUUCAUGGGCAAGUUGAACUUCGGUGAUGAGUCACCAAAACUCCCACCCUCACCUGGAACUCGUCCAGGGCAACUGUCACCAACUAAUUCCAUUGAUGGUAACUCAAAUGCUUUCAGUUUGGAAUUUGGAAAUGGGGAGUUCAGUGGGGCCGAGCUGAAGAAAAUUAUGGCAAAUGAGAAACUUGCCGAGAUUGCUCUAACUGAUCCAAAGCGAGCAAAAAGGAUUUUGGCAAAUCGUCAGUCAGCUGCUCGCUCUAAAGAGCGGAAGAUGCGUUACAUUUCGGAGUUGGAACAUAAGGUGCAGACUCUUCAGACAGAAGCUACCACAUUGUCUGCACAGCUCACACUCUUACAGAGGGACUCUGUUGGACUCACAAACCAGAACAAUGAGCUGAAGUUUCGUCUUCAAGCCAUGGAGCAACAAGCACAACUUCGGGAUGCUCUGAAUGAUGCUUUAACGGCUGAGGUUCGGCGACUUAAGCUGGCUACAGAACUGAGUGGUGAUUCUGAUCAAUCAAAGGCCAUGCUGAUCAAUGCCCAGCUUUUUCAGAUGCAACAGCAGCAGGCUGCCCAGCUCAACAUUCAUCAGCUGCAGCCACCACCACAGGCCCAGCAGCCACCACCACCACCACAGCAGCAGCAGACACCACCACCACAGCAGCAGAAUGGGAGCAACACUCCAAAACCCGAGUCAAACCCUUAGAUUAUGAAAGUUGGAGAAAGACCACCAAUCGUCUUUCUUAGUUAUCACUGCAUGAUAUUUGAUGAAAGCUCGUUUUGAUGCAUUCAUUCAUUAGUUCCAUCAUUAGUGUCGGAUUAGCAAUACCCACAGAUUCAGUGUGUAUUGCGAAUCCAUUAGUUUCCCAUCAUUAGUGUCGGAUUAGCAAUAACCACAGAUUCAGUUUGUAUUUGCUAAUCCAUGUCCAGUUGUCAUUUUAAGUCGCAGAGUCAUAUACAGGCCUUAAUAGUUAUAUAUGGGUUAUAACUAUAGAUUUUUAUUAUCAAAAUUUAUUUAUUCCUGGUAGAUAAAAGAAUUAUAUUUGGGUGUAAACCUUUUUUCAUAAGAUGGUCAUCUCUUCUAUCAGUCAAACUUUAGAAGAGUUGAAAUGAACUCUUCAUGUUUCGUUCA